GUCCCUGCACUUCGAAGUGCGUGCACCCCACUUGGGGACACAGCUCCUGUCUGGUAAGGCAGAGAGGCAGCAAGUCAGCUGACUAGGCUUUCGGACGCAGCCAUUAUCUCAACCUUUGUGGACAAUUACGUUAUGCGGAUGUUCUUCAGCACCGAAGAACACAAAAAUCUGCGAUGAACUCGGUCAAUGUUCUCCUCCUGAUUUCCACUAUUUUGCCAUCUCAAAGUGCUCUGAGAGAAAGUCCGCGGGAGCGGGCAGGAGUAGGGGCAGACAUAGCGGGCGCGGGCGAGAGUGGAACAAGCAGGUUGCGGGAGUGGGCGGUCCUGGUCAGAAAUUCAGCGGGAGCGGUCCCGCGCAGGGCUCUACUUCAAAUCAGACUCAACACACCAAGACGUGAAAACCGGAGGAACGGCACAGGUUUCUACUCUGAAUGUGUGCAAAUCAGAGCCGAUUGUACACCUUAUAAGCAGCCGUCUGAAAGAUCUCGUGAUGUAAAAGUGUUUUCCUUUCCACGUGAUUAUGAUGAAAAAAAGAAUUCAGCCGAGAUAAGCAGCCUACAGUGGUCGGUGUGGCCGUGGGUCACUGCAUUUUUACUUCUUUUGAUUUCUGUUUUCAUCACUCUAAUCAUACUGUUCAUUCUAACACUUCAUAAACUGAGAAAAUAUGGUAAAAGUCCAGAAAAGCAGAAAACACUGAAGACACCAUCACAAGUGAAAAUAUUAACCCUUCAUAAAAUGCAGAUGGAACCAGAACUGUUAAAGGAAAUAAGACCAGAAACACAUGCAGGUUUGGCUGCUGCAUUAAAUGAUUCUUCAGAUGAGGAAAACACCACAGAUGACAGUAUGGAGGAGGUUCAGACUGAGGAGCUUCAUGAAACUCAAAGUCUUUGUGAGCCUAAAGAGACUCCAGCAGCAGCUCCUACAGCAGCCCGAGGUGAAAUGGACUCUAUAACACACUCUCUCCCUAAUUUUGCCAAGGAGACAGAAGACAAGGAUCAGAACUCUGUUACCCAGAAUGCUCUGCAGUUAGCGCUGAUACAACGUUCCAAAUCCCAGAAUAUUUCGAUGCCUAACCUUGCUGUAGAAAGGACACCAAGGACAACAAUGACAGUUAGAUCAGUUGAUUUUCUUAUAGAUUUUACAGGCUGAUUUAGAUGUUACUUUUGUCAUCAAUACCAAGAGUACAGGAACUUCUGAAUGUCAUAUGUGCUUGACAUUUCCUUACUUAUUAGUGUAGUGUCAUUCUCUAGCAAGCUUUCAGAAACACACCCACUCUCCUGAAAGCUUUCAUUGCACGGUAAUGUUUUUAUUUUCUUUUUUUCAUGUUUAAGAUACAAUAUUGCCAUUGUACUGCUACCAUUAAGUAUUUAGUGCAUUUUUAGUUGCAUACAAGACUUUGAGGAAAUAAAAUGUAUUCAGAA